GAGAGAGCCGCCGGCAGGCUACCCGGCCGCCAGCCCGUUCUCCACGUCCGCCGCCACUCCCUCGCCGCGGAGCCGGGCCGAGGGGGAUGCUCCGGGUCCCACCUCCGCGGGGAGCUGCGCAUUUCCGCGCGCCAGGGCGGCCCCGGCUCUGGCCGGCCCUCGCGGCGGCCGCCCGCGUUCCGCGUCCCCGGGAAGUUGUCUCCGGAGCCCGCGGCGCCUGGGUCUCCUCCCCCUGAGCCCCGCCCCCCCACGGCCCGAGCUGGGAGCCGCGAGCCGCCCGGCCCGGGGGCGUUGCCGCUCGCUCCGAAGCCAGCAAGUCUCAGCUUCCCUGCGCGGGGCGCGCGUCCCCCGCCUAGCCGGGGACCCCCGCGCACCCCCGAGACGGCGCGCGCCCAGAGCGCGGGAGCCCGGAGCGCCGGGCGCCUGGGACCCCGCGGAGCCGCUGCCCAGACUGCGGGGCUCGGCAGGGAUGCAGGCUGCGCUGUGAGCCCGGGCGCCAAGGCCAUGUCCGGCGCCCGCUGCCGGACCCUGUACCCCUUCUCCGGGGAGCGGCACGGCCAGGGGCUGCGCUUCGCCGCGGGCGAGCUCAUCACGCUGCUGCAGGUCCCGGACGGCGGCUGGUGGGAAGGCGAGAAGGAGGACGGGCUCCGCGGCUGGUUCCCGGCGAGCUACGUGCAGUUGCUGGAGAAGCCUGGAAUGGUGCCCCCUCCACCAGGAGAGGAAAGCCAGACCGUUGUCCUUCCACCGGGCUGGCAGAGCUACUUAUCCCCUCAGGGCCGGCGCUACUAUGUCAACACGGCCACCAAUGAGACCACCUGGGAGCGCCCCAGCAGUUCUCCUGGGAUUCCAGCCAGCCCUGGCCCUCACAGAAGCUCUCUGCCUCUGACAGUGAAUGGACACCACACGCCGGGGACCCCCACGCUCCCUCCUGAGACUGCUCACAUGAGUGUCCGAAAAUCCGCCGGCGAUUCCCAGAACCUGGGAUCCUCGUCACCAGGCAAAAAGCAGAGCAAGGAAAACACCAUCACGAUAAACUGCGUGACAUUUCCUCACCCAGACACGAUGCCGGAGCAGCAGCUGCUCAAACCAACCGAAUGGAGCUACUGUGACUAUUUCUGGGCUGAUAAGAAGGACCCCCAAGGCAACGGAACCAUGGCUGGGUUUGAACUGCUGCUUCAGAAACAGCUGAAGGGCAAACAAAUGCAGAAGGAAAUGUCAGAGUUCAUCCGGGAAAGGAUAAAGAUUGAAGAAGAAUACGCAAAGAACUUAGCUAAGCUGUCUCAGAACUCCUUGGCUGCUCAGGAGGAGGGCUCCCUGGGAGAAGCGUGGGCGCAGGUGAAGAAGAGCCUUGCCGACGAGGCUGAAGUUCACCUCAAGUUCUCCGCCAAGCUUCACAGUGAGGUGGAGAAGCCCCUGAUGAACUUCCGCGAGAACUUCAAGAAGGACAUGAAAAAGUGUGACCACCACAUUGCGGACCUCCGCAAGCAGCUCGCCAGCCGCUAUGCCGCGGUGGAGAAGGCCCGGAAAGCCCUCACGGAGCGGCAGAGAGACCUGGAGGUGAAGACCCAGCAGCUGGAGGUAAAGCUGAGCAACAAGACGGAGGAGGACAUCAAGAAGGCGCGGAGGAAGUCCACGCAGGCAGGAGAUGACCUCAUGCGCUGUGUGGACCUCUACAACCAGGCCCAAUCCAAGUGGUUUGAAGAGAUGGUGACCACCACGUUGGAGCUGGAACGGCUGGAGGUGGAGAGGGUGGAGAUGAUCCGGCAGCAUCUGUGCCAGUACACGCAGCUGCGGCACGAGACGGACAUGUUCAACCAAAGCACAGUCGAGCCUGUGGACCAACUGCUGCGAAAAGUGGACCCAGCCAAAGACAGGGAGCUGUGGGUCAGAGAGCACAAGACGGGCAACAUCCGCCCCGUGGACAUGGAGAUCUAGACGCACGGCCUGGGGGGUCCUGCCGAGGAGGGGCUGGGGUCCCACGGAGAGGAGGUGGCGCUCCGGCCAGGGGGGGACCUGCUCCCAAGCGGAGCUGCCCUCCCACCCGCUCUCCUGGUCCACUGAGGAGAGGGGACAGUGAAGCCAGAAGGGCGGCCCGGAUGGCCCCAUGGGGAGCUCCCCGGUGUUCCCAGGCCGAGAAGAUGGAUCCAUAGCCCUGCCCUUGUCUCCGAGGCUGAAGCCCCCCAAGUCCCAUGCCGUGCUUGCCACUCCGAGAACAAACCGAGGCUGGAACUUUGUGGUCCCUGCUGAGCACCAGAGGGGUCCCCUCCCCACCCAGAGCCAGCUGUGUCACACGCUCGCGCCCCUGGAAGCCCCGAGGCCCUUCCUCCAGCCAGCCCACUUGUCUCCAGGGCUUUGGAGGGGCGGGGGAGAGAGGUCCCCGUCUCCAAGCCAAGUGUCAGCAUCAGAAUCGUGGAUAGAAGGCACCUUUCAGCUCAACAGCCAGCACCCAGAAUCCUUUGCAGCAGCCCUCCCUCUUUGUUUUUUCCCAUUGCGUAUUCUGGGAGCCCACAUCCUGGCUCUUCUCUGCUACUUUUCAUCUUUGGGAGUCUUGGGAAAAAGGCCCGGCUCCUGUUUUCCCAGACUGACCCUGCCUGCAGAGGUCAGGAUGGAACUACCUCAUUCAGCAAAUUCGCCCCAAGUCGGAGCGUUGAAUCGUGUUUCCUAUUAGAUCAGGCGUCAAUGUCACGUGCUCUCUCUGGGCGUCCCCGUCCACCCAGCCCACAGCCGCUUCCUCGGGGGAGCUCCCUCCUCCACCCUCGCUUGUCCUGGGGGCUGGGUCAGUCGUAUGUUGGAGGUGGGUUGGGGCAAGUGUCUGUCGCCCCCCCCAGAUGGCUCCACCUGCCUACGCACAGCGGGGUCGGGACCGCUGUCCCACGUAUGGCUCGCUGGCAGGCGCUGUGCAGACAUCGCAGACUCCCGUGGCCACAGUGCACGUCACCAUCCAGGCAGCCUGGCACCUUGGCCUCUCAGCUCCUUCUGCACGUUUCAAAGCCCCGCACGGAGCCCCUGCUUGGUGCUGCUACCCCCUUGCCCUUUCCCCAUCUGCCCAUUCCUGGGAGAGCCUGGUCUGAGUGUGACCUGGGAAGCUCUGGCACUGCCAUCGGGUCCUCACUCGUCACUUUCUCCCUUACAUGUUAAAUCUUGAGAAUCAGCUCGAGGCCACAGGAGGAAGAAAAGGGCUGAAGGAGGUCAGACAACUUGCAAGGGGCACAUUCGAGCCUGGAACCCACACCCUGAGAACCCAUCUUUCUUGUUAAUCUUUCCCUUGAUUACUUUGGAUUCACAGGACUCACAUGUUUCUCGGAAGGGCAGACGUCUGAGAAGAUAACUCACUGGGCUUUCUCUCUGUCGUCCAUGCUGGUAACUGAUGACUUGUUAUUCUUGAAUCUUUUGGUACCUCUGCCUUUUGAGUCAGUAUGGCGUCCUCCUAGUUUCAGUAGAAAGAUGCCAAAUAGCCUAAAGUCAACUAAGCUUUGCCAGUUUUCUUAUUGAAACAUCCCAACCAGAAAGGUCAACAGGAAGGCCUUCACCAACAUGAAGGCCAUCAGGACGGAUCUGUGUCUGGCAUGGAGAACCACUCCUUCUGGUCUGCAGUUGGGCCAUGACACCAGCUGCCAGUUUGGGGAUAUCAUUUCUUUGGUUUCUUUAUAAAAAAUCGGUGCUAGUAGUAAUUGCUUUGUGGCUUAGUAAACUAAUUUGUGGAUGGUUUUCCGACAUUCAAAGCCAAUAGCCUUGUUAUUAACACAGAUACUUUGAGUGUGAUAUCGCUCAUUGAUUUUGUUUUCUCAUCCCCAUCUGAGGAUUCCAGAGUCUUCCGUUCUUCCCUGGGGCUCUCUUGCCUCUUUCAGGGUAGCCCAAGUUGGCCCCGUGUGGGCCAGUCUGUUUUCUGAAGUCAUUCUUUCCCCCUCAUCCUUUUCCCUCGGUUUCAUUAGUCCCUCCACAUCUUUUUCUUUUUUCUUCCCUCCUUUAUUCAUUCAUCAAGCAUUUAGCCGAGCCUGGGCAAUGUGCUAAGAUCUAGGGACAAGGUAUGGCCCUGUCAUCAGGGAAGCCCACAGUCUCUUGUUUUGUAUAGACUUGUCUUUUCUCCAGGGGUCUUGCAGGUCAGUAACUUUGGCAUUCACAUAUAGGUACUCUCUGCAGAAUUUAGGUUUGCAGAGAUACUGUCUGUUGUGCUGAUAGCUCUUCUUUCAUUCAUUCAUUCAUUCACUCAUUCAUUCAUUUAAUCAGCAGACACUUGGGGCAAGCCAGGCAUUGUGCCGGUACUAGAAAUGUAGCUGCAUACCACACAGGCACUCCGCCCCCGGCCCCCCCUCUAUUCUCCAUGUGGAAGGGGGAUGUUUUCAGACCGUUCUGGGGAAUGAGAACCUUGCACCCCUUCCACAUUUAACCCACUGGGAGCCUGUAAUCAUAAUACAAACUACUGCCAUGUGGCAUUUACCCAAGGACGGAAAAGCCAGGCAGCAACAAGAGUAUAAUCUCCCGGUCAGCCAGACCCUCAACGGCUCAUAUCCAACUCAAAUUUCAGAGGUUUGUUUUAAACAAUUCUUCUCACUGUACAAAGUGGAAGAAUGAAGCCCGAGGAUGGCCAGUGAGAGCCAUGAAAUGAACAGCGAAUUACAAGCAGGGCUCUGCAUGUGGGUGAAAUCAGAGUUAGGAUGAAGUCUGGAAUAUCUAAAAGCGUGCUUUGGAGGGGCCCUCGGCCCCGGUGGUGGUUUGGGUUUGGGCUUGGGCUUUGGCGUGUAGGUUAUAGGAGGGUCUGCCUGGCUUGAUUCAGGGUGAGUGGCCCCAGGCCAUCCUUGAGCACAUCCAUUGUUCCAUUUCUGAGGACAGGUGAGCCUCUUCUACCUGGGAGACACGGAGGCACUUCGUUUUGUCUGUGAUAGCCUGAUUUUCCACAAAAGAGUCUCUAAAACAAAAGUGAGUUGCCACGAAAACCUCCAGGGAAAGCUACUCGUUCCUCUCCAUUUUUUUUUCUAUUGCUUUUUUUUUUUUUUUUUACUGGUUUUUUUAUUCCAUGUCUUUAAAUUUUUUAAACAUUUACUUAAGAAUGCAUACACUGAUGAAAAAUGUAGUGCCGUUCUUAUAUUUUUAUUUAUUUUUUUUAAAGAUUUUUUUUUUUUUGAU